GAUCGUUAUCUAUUUCUUAAUUAUACUUUACAUGUUUUUGGCUGUGUCCAUUGUGUGCGAUGAUUACUUCUUACCUUCUCUGGAGAUCAUCAGUGAAUGCCUCGGCCUCUCUCAGGACGUUGCUGGAGCAACAUUUAUGGCGGCUGGAAGCUCUGCUCCAGAGCUUGUCACAGCUUUUCUAGGAGUCUUCGUGACAAAGGGCGAUAUCGGCAUCAGCACCAUCCUUGGAUCAGCAAUCUAUAAUCUUCUUGGUAUUUCUGCAGCUUGUGGGCUGUUAUCCAGUGUGGUUUCGAGGCUAUCCUGUUGGCCGCUGUUUAGAGACUGUCUGGCAUACACAAUUAGUGUAGCGGCGGUCCUUGGGAUGAUAUCUGACAACAUAAUUUACUGGUAUGAAAGUGCAUCUUUAUUAUUGAUAUAUGGGUGCUAUAUUCUGGUACUAAGUUUUGACAUUAAAAUCAACCGGUACUUCAUGAAAAAGUUCAGUUCCUGCUGCACAUGUUUGACAAAAACUAUGGAAGAGAAUCCUGAGCAGCAGGCACUGGUUGGCCAGAGGGAAGAGAGUGGACCUCUAAUUCGUCAGCAGUCAAGAACAGAUAGUGGAAUCUUUCAAGAUGAGCCGGACUACUCUCAACUUUCAACAAGCUUGCGUGGGCUUAAUGAAAUCUCUGAAGAUCAUCGAAGUGUCUUCACCAUGCCUGAAGCAGAUAUGAAGAGAGUCUUGUGGGUGUUAUCCCUUCCUAUCACUACACUCCUCUAUUUGACUAUACCAGAUUGCAGAAGACCGUUUUGGAGGAACUGGUUCAUGGUGACAUUUUUCAUUUCAGCAGUAUGGAUUUCUGCAAUAACCUAUGUCCUUGUAUGGAUGGUAACAAUAGCAGGUGAAACCCUGGGAAUUCCAGAGUCAAUAAUGGGUCUCACAUUACUAGCAGCAGGAACAAGUUUACCAGAUACAAUUGCAAGUGUGCUGGUGGCUCAGAGAGGAAAUGGAGAUAUGGCCAUGUCUAACAUUGUAGGAUCCAAUGUAUUUGAUAUGCUCUGUUUGGGAAUACCCUGGUUUAUAAAAACUGCCUUCAUAAAUACAUCAGGACCCAUAGAAGUGAACAGCAGUGGUUUGACAUACACAGCCAUUUCUCUUAUCUGUUCUGUUGUUUUUAUUCUUCUGGCAAUUCACCUGAAUGGCUGGAAAAUAGAUAAAAAAUUGGGAGCAAUUUGUCUUGUACUGUACUUAGUAUUUACUACAUUAUCGAUUUUAUAUGAACUUGGCAUCAUAGGGAACAAUCCUACAAGGGUCUGUGGUAACUAG